ACGUUUGAUAUUGGCGCGCCAUAUGCAAUCGACCAAUGACGUUGGACACUAAAUGCAAACAACCAACUAUUGGCUUGACGCUGUUAUCGGGGGGGCAUAUAGAGUACAUUGUCGUCACGAAAGCGAUCAUUUCCACUUACAUCACACAUCUUCAAAGACGGCUCGACGAACGGAGGACGCCCGAUAUCGUGACAGCCUAUUCCGCUCACGUGUCGCACGUUAAAUUACGGUGCCCAUCCUACAUGCAGUCGUUCGCCCUAUCCAUAACGCUAUGAAAAUCUGGACGUCAGAGCAUACCUUUGAUCAUCCUUGGGAGACAGUAGCGCAGGCUGCAUGGAGAAAGUAUCCCAAUCCUAUGGUGCCUUCGGUUAUUGGAGCGGAUGUAAUCGACAGAGAAGUGGUCAAUGGUGUUCUCCAUACCCACAGACUCGUCGUUUCUACCCAAUGGGGCUUUCCUAAAUGGACGCAAGCAUUAAUCGGCUACGCGAACUUGUGUUAUGCCAGCGAGCGCAGCGAGGUCGAUCCUGUGAAUAAACAAAUGAUCCUCAGGACGCAUAAUUUAACUUUCGGUAAUUAUAUCGCUGUAGACGAAGCUGUCAGAUAUACGCCCCAUCCGGAUGAUCCCACCAAGACAUUACUCACACAAGAAGCGGUAGUCACCGUUCGAGGGGUACCACUGACUAACUACAUGGAGGAUCUCUUAGCUUCAAAAAUCUCCUUUAACGCGAGCAAAGGUCGACAAGGGUUGCAAUGGGUGAUCAACAAGCUCGAAUCCGAGAUGAAGGAGUUUGCCUGAAAGGCCCGGCCGCCGUCGCGAAACUUCUAAACUGCCGCUAUCAGCACAACACGAGCGCCGGCGUCGAUAGGGAGCGGCAACUUCUAGAUCGAACGAUUACGCGGAUCAGAAGAACAUUAACGUCCCGGGCUUCGUCAGAAACGAGCAGAUGAUUCGCCGCGAGCCAUGUAGAUCGCCUAACUGAAUUUUGCGAAACUUGUUACUAACCGGUUUGCAGGCAUGAACGUUCCCUUUGAAGGGCGAUUGCCUCCGCAACAGUACACUUGGAUCCAGACUUGCAAGGAUCUGUCCACGAAUGGGUGAGAUAAUGACUGAUAGAAAUAUGAAAAUACAUAGAUUUAAUUAAAACGAACAAGUACAAUGGUUGGCAUGGCGAUUGAAUGGCAAUAAUUCCAAUGUUUCGAUCCGUACAUACAUCUGUCAGCAGACAUUACUGAUCCGUAAUGUGUGUACGUAUGAAUUUACUUACACUUAGCCAAUUUAAAAUAUGUAGAUAUUCACCACAG